AGUUGUGCACUUUCCCACAUCAAGAUGCUCAAGAGCAGGCUAUCCUUCGCGACACCGCUUCGAUGCUGUACAAGACACGCAAGUCGGUGGCGCAGGAGUUGGCUCACGCCACAGAGACUGCGACUUGGAUCCACACUCAUCUGCCACGACUGAGUCUCCUUCUUGAGACACCUCUCUCCACCAAACCUGCUUUCCUCCUCCCUGUGGAAGCUCGUGUACGUUUGGCGGAGGUCAUCGCUGCAGCGAAGAAUACCAGCAACAGCAAUUGCGAUGUAGCGCACUGCCGACUCUCUGUCAACGACUACAUCAUGUGUAGGCGAACUGUUCUGCAUUCACUUAACUUAUUGGGAAUUUAG